ACCCAUUAAUGUUACAAGACCCCUCCUGGUUAAAUCAUUAUGGUAACGAAAUAUACAAUUUGUGAUAUAUUAUUACGGUACUUCUAACUAAAGUACGGUGUUAGUGUGGGUUUAACUGAAACUAGAAUAUCGCGCUUUAGUUAAAACUAGGUACCGACCGCUCAGUUGUGUUGUUAUAAAGUCAUCGUUCGUUAGUGUUCAAUAACAUGGCCGGAAUUCUAACAAAACUGCAUGACGUGUUUCAAAACAUUACCCUAGACGAUAUUAAUGAGUUUUGUAAGGAUAAUCUCAGUGUAACAACUUGUUUAGUAUUUGGCGUUUGUGUUGGAAUAUGGUGGCUGAUGCGAAAACCCCGAGGGAUCCCCCCGGGUCCAAAAUUUACGUUACCAGUACUAGGAGAUCUGUUGUCCCUGGAAGGAGGAGACGGUGAUGUGAGAAUAGCUAUAAGACAACUCAGGAAGAAACAUGGAGACAUAUUUAGCGUUUAUUUUGGACCGACACUAUACAUAUUCAUCAAUGGUUAUGAUUUGAUUAGAGAUGCUUUGGUGAAAAGGGCCGACGUGUUUAGUAACAGACCAUAUUUGUUUAUGAACGAUUUUAUCAACAAGAAAAAAGGGAUUGGCCAUGCCUCGGGUCAACUAUGGAAAGAUCAACGAAAAUUUGCUAUAGAAACUUUAAGAGAAUUUGGUUUUGGAAAAUCGAUACUUGAAGACAAAAUAAAUGAAGAAAUCGGAUAUUAUGUUGAAAUUAUUGGAAACCAAAAGGGUAAACAAUUUAACAUGUGUCGCUUAACCCAAGCCUCCGUAUCCAACGUGAUUUCAUCUUUAGUUUUUGGACAAAGAUUUGAGUAUGAGGAUCCAAUAUUUAAAGAAUUUCUGGAGACGCUGGAACAGAAUUUCGCAGCGGUUGGUUCCACGUCUAUGUUGAAUUCCCUACCAUUUCUUCGAUUCCUACCUGGUGAUUUGUUCAAGUUUAAGAGAACUAUUCGUAAUGUUGCGACCGUUGAGAAAAAAUUGAUUGAAUCAUCUAUCAAUGAUCAUGUGAAGAAUUAUGAUGAGAACAACACCAACGAUUAUAUCAGUAGUUAUAUUAAAGAAAUGAAACGAGUUGAAAAAGCUGAUGAAGAAUCCAAUAUAAAUAAGGAUAACUUAAUUAAAGCUAUCGGAGAUCUUUUUGCGGGUGGUACAGAGACAACAUCAACAACUAUUUUAUGGACGAUUCUCUACUUCCUGCAUCAUCCAGACAAACAAACAAGAUGUUACAAAGAGAUUCAAGAUAUUGUUGGUUCAGGUCGUCUACCAUCUAUCAAAGACAGACCAUCUAUGCCAUAUACCCAAGCUCUUCUGCAGGAAGUUUUGAGAAUUGCAAAUAUUGCUGUAUUUGGGCUGCCGCACUCUGUUGACGAGGAUAUCAUAUUCCACGGUUAUCAUAUGCCAAAAGGGACUGUAAUCAUUCCCAAUCUUGAUUCAGUUCUUUCAGACGACAAAAUCUGGGGAGAUCCUGAUGUUUUUCGACCCGACAGAUUUCUGGAUGAAAAUGGACAACUAGUAAAAAGGGAAGAAUUUAUCCCCUUUUCUAUGGGAAGAAGAACGUGUCUUGCAGAAUCUUUGGCUAAAAUGGAAUUAUUUUUAUUUAUGACAACUUUGAUACAGAGGUUCGAAUUUAAACCAGUAGAUCCUAAUCACUUACCAACAUUAAAGGGUGUUUUUGGAGUAACGAACGCUCCUGCUAAAUAUGAUGUUCGAGCCAUACCCAGAUAAAUGACGAGAUGACCGAAUCAACUGAAAGUUGUUAGUUGACUAUUGUAGUUAAAUAUUGUAUCUCUCAGUAUUAAAUAUCCAAAAAAACAAUACAAUAAAUUGAACAACUAUUAAUCACUGUCUAAUAUUUUCCGCCACAGGGGCAUCAUCAGG